AUGACAGAAACUGAUCGCUUACUUUCAGAACAAAACCAAGACAUCUUUGUUGAAGAAAAGGCUCCUGAACUUCAUGAACAAACACCAAGCAAGGCUUCUAUAAUUAAGUUGAUAAAGUAUGGGGGGUUGAAAAACUCAAUUUUACUUAUUUUCGGACUUUUUGGAUCGCUUGGAGUCGGCGUAUUAAUGCCACUUCAAAUGUAUGUUAUAUCUAAAGUUAUUGACACCUUUGUCUUUCCUACAGACCCCGCGUCUUCCAGCUUUGAUCCAACCGCUUUCAAUCAAGCUAUUUUAGACAACUGGAUGUCUAGUGUUAACAAUAUUUGUCUUCAAAUGGUAUACUUUGGUUUGGCAAAUGGAGUUUGUGCUUUCUUGAUGACAGGAUGUCUCUUUUUAUAUUCGAAUUUCUAUGGAAUGAAGAUACGAUCAAUGUACCUUGCUGCGUUACUCAGACAAGACAUGGCUUGGUACGACGAACACCAAAGUGGGGAGUUGACAUCUAAAGUGUCAAUUGAUGUACAACAGAUUCAAGAUGCUGUGUCGAAUAAACUUGGAUACUUAGUACAAACAAUGAGUUGGACAAUCACUGCGCUAUGUCUUGGCUUUAUAUAUUCAUGGGAUGUGUCGUUGGUCAUCUUAUCCUUUGUCCCAAUCACUUUUAUCUCAUCUAUGUUCAUAGGAGGAUCCGUUGGAGUGCUUACAAAAUUCUCAAAAGAACCAACUGAAGCGGCUAACACCAUAUCUGAACAAUGUAUUGGAAAUAUAAGAACUGUACACUCUUUGAAUCAACAAAAUAUCUUUAUCAAUAAGUACAUUGAAUUUAACAACAAAAACACAAAAUUGUUUAAAAUAAUGGGAAUUUGCAUAGGGUCAGGCGUUGGAAUGAUUAAUUUGGUCACAAUCGCUAGCUUUUCACUUGGGUUUGUUUCAUUUCGAUUUAUAUAA